AUGGCCGCUAUGGAUGAGGUAGUGUUCGCCGCUGAGGAUGGGAAUGGAAGCUCUGAUGAGGUCAACAAUACCGGAGUAGGCGAUGGGCUCGCUUCGGUGAAGACCUCUCAGAGGCUCAACCAAAUUGACCGUGUUCGUGCGCUUGGUGUUGGCGAUCACAUUGCUCUGCCACAGCUAGUCGUAUGCGGUGAUCAAUCCUCCGGCAAAAGCUCUGUUCUUGAAGGAAUCAGUGGGAUCCCAUUCCCACGACAGGAUGGUCUAUGUACUCGCUUUCCGACAGAGAUCGUGCUUCGCCAUGACCCCAUAAUCAACAAAAAGACAGCCACUCUCUUACCAGGUAAAUCCCGUACUCCAGAGGAAAAAGAACCCUUUGCGGCAUUCUCGCGAGAAUUCGACGACUUUGCAGAACUACCCGGAAUCAUCCAAAAAGCCUCUCAUAUGAUGAAACUUCGAUCCAUUGAGUUCCCAGAGGGUUCUGCCUUUUCUACGGAUGUGCUCCGAUUGGAAGUGGUCGGCAAUACUGGACUCCAUCUGACACUAGUUGACCUUCCUGGUCUAAUCUCUGUUGGAGACGACAAAGAAAUUCAGAUGGUGCGAAGCCUGGUUGAUGACUACCUUGAGAGAUCGCGUACCAUUAUUCUUGCCGUCAUACCAGCGACCAGCGAUGCCGAGACACAACUCAUCAUACAAAGAGCGCAGCACUUUGACAAGAAAGGUGACCGGACAAUUGGUAUUAUCACAAAGCCUGACCUCAUCAACAAAGGUACUGAGGAACGUGUUGCACAUUUAGCCAAGAACCAGGAUCGGACUAAGCUACAAGACGGUUUUUUCCUCCUCAAGAAUCCUUCGCCAGAGGAACUGAAGGCGGGAGUCACCCCCGCGCAGCGUGAAAAAGCCGAAUCUGAAUACUUCUCGAAGGCGGCUUGGAAGGCUCAAGGUCUUGAUAUUUCGAGAGUGGGAAUCAAAAACCUCCGGCCAUUUCUGCAAGAACUUCUGCAUAGACAUAUUGAGCAAGAGCUUCCGAAGGUGCGAGAGGAGAUUGAUCGUCUUCUCAAAACAGUCGAACAGGAAAUCGACAAUUUAGGACCUCAGAGGUCACAGGCAGUCCAGAUUCGCAAGUUCCUUACCCGUGUCAGCUCCAACUUUAAUUCCAUCGUUAAAGGCGCUCUCAAUGGAAUCUACGAUUUGAACAAAGCUGAAUUUUCCUCAUUCAAGCCGGGUCUCAAGUGUCGCCUUCGCGCCGCAGUUCACCUAGAGAACGAGAAAUUUGCCGACUUCAUGAGAAUGCAUAGUCAGCAGCGCAGGAUUAUCUCUGUCAGAGAAUUAUACGGCAACAUGAGUGAUCCUGCCCAAAAAACAGCUGAUCACCUUCGCUAUCUUGCAAGCAGGCCUGAUGAUAAGAAUGAAUAUGAAGAGCUUGCGGUCACGGAAGAGCAGAUGUUGGAUUGGGUAAAAGAGGUAUGUCCACAAAUUCGCAACCAGAAAGCUGUAGCUAACUUUCAAAGAUGUACCACAAGUCUAGAGGUCAAGAGCUUCCGGGAAACUAUAAUCACCAUUUCUUGCGGGAUUUGUUUCACGCCCAGUCUGCUUCGUGGGAAAGAAUCUCUCGAUCCCACGUAA